CAGUCUGUGGACCAAUGAUAUAAUAAAUCUAUGGACUCUGUGGAUCCUAUUUUGUUUUUGAUUUAAAGUCUGAUUGUAAAUGCUAAAUGAAUAAAGUCUCAAUUUAAUAGGUCUAAAGGUGAUAGUUUAAAACUUAAAUAUUUUUACGUUAAUAAAUAAUUGAAACCGAUGUCAGAAACUUCUUUACAAGGAAAUCAAUCCCGUAAGGAAGACCAGCAGUCCAAAAUACCGGAGUCUGUAAAGAAAAUAAUAUCGAUGGAAAAAGAAAAUGAAACCAAUGCUAGUCGAAAGUCUCGAAUCGAUCUCAAUGCACUGCCAACACGCCAAUACCUCGACCAAACAGUUGUACCAAUUUUACUUCAAGGUCUAUCAGCUUUAGCAAAGGAACGUCCGCCCGAUCCUAUAAAUUACUUAGCAGCUUAUUUAUUAAAAAAUAAGAAUACGUUCGAUAGCAAUAACUCUAACUCAAAUAACAAUGCUCCGCAAAAUCCUCAAACAUAAUAUUAGAUAUAACUUAGAUGUAGUUUGUAUGAUACUUUUUAUUUGCCUGUUUAAUGAAUAUUGUAUAAGGGCCGGUUUCACUAGUUGAGGAUAAUUUUUAUCCACUAUGUGACGUAGUUUAUGAAUAGACUUUACAGAAAGGCGUAGAAUAGGCCAUUAGGACCUGUUUCACCUCAAUCAAUAAACUACAACUUCUACAUUCACAUUUGCGAAUAGAAAUAUCUAUAAAUAUAGUGAUGUGAUGGUAAAAGAGAAUAAAGUAUCAAAAUUUUAUUUAUUGGAUACUGUUAUCUGUCAAAUACUAUAUGCACAAAUGGAGAAACGGACCCGAAGAAUACUUAAAAUCACUCAAUUACUCUUGAAAAUACAUUUAAUAAAACUUAUGGAAAAAAUUGGUAAAUAAAGUUUAUACUGAUACAAAAAUGUUCUAGAAUUACUUGAAGUUAGUUUUAAUUCUUUAUUGAAAGUCGGUUCAGGAAUUUAUCUGUUAUUUUUGGCAUAGAAGGUGUAUUAUGUAUGUUUAUUUCAUGUCAAAAACAUAAUUGAUAAAUGUGUAUAUAUUUUGUUUUUAAAACAAAUUAAAUGCAUUGAAAACUUAAAA